ACAUAUGAAAUAAUUUAAACUUUACACUUAGAUAUUUUGGAUUUUCUUAUACCUAUAUUUUGUUAAUCUGAAUUUAUUUUUGAUCGCACAUAAUAUUAUAAUGAGCUGUAACAAAGCAUUAGAAUCAAUCAGAAAAAUUUUAAAUUUUUCAAUCAAAAGUAAUACACAUAGUAAAAUUUUUGAAAAGGUGAAUUUAAUAUCAGCUGGAAAUGGCCAAUGUGUUGCUGAGAUGGUUGUUGAAGAACAGCAUACCAAUGGAUAUGGUACACUCCAUGGAGGUUUUACAGCAGCUGCCGUAGAUUAUUUGUCGAGUUUGGCUCUUAUGACUCAUCCACGAAUUGUUGAGGACAUUGGUUCAGCGCCUAACAGUGGUGUUUCAGUUGAUAUUCAUGUUUCGUAUCUUAAUUCAGCAAAAAUUGGUGACAAAAUAGUUAUUAAUUCCGAAACUGUUAAAUUAGGGAGAAAUUUAGCAUUUCUAAAAGUGACAUUGUUGAGGAAAGAUGAUAAUGUUGUCGUGGCUCAAGGUUCACACACUAAGUUUGUGGGAUAAUAUGAAAAGUUGUGUUAUAUUAUGUUAAAUGGAUUGUUUGAAAAAAAUAUGUGUUAUAGCUAUGAUACCAACAAACUUAUUCAUUUCAGUUGAAUAUUAAAAAUUGUUUCUUUUUUAUGCUUACUGUUUAGGCGAUGUGUUAUCUGUUAUUAGAUUUUAAUAAAAUAUCUUAGUUUUGACAAUAUAUUAGAUUAUUUUUUGCCA